UGCGCACCGUUGACAGAUUUAUCCCGUGAACUGCGCAGAUAUGGCGGACGGAGAAGGCUGAAUCUGCAGCAAUUCCAAUUUUCUGAAGCGCAGGAGGAGAUAGACUGUGGAUGGGAUAAUGCACGUGUCAGCACACACAUGGUUUCAUGGGGCUUUUGGACUUACUCAGAAAUAUGAGCGGAAAGGAAGACGGUUCAGCAAAGAGGAGUUUUUCUUCGAGAAUUCCAUCCUUCUCCAAGAGAAGACAGCAACAUCAGCAACAACAGCAGCCACAGGCCGGAGUGGAGGAGCCUCUUUUGGGGGAUGCCAGUAAGACAGAUAGUCCCAAGCAGCAUUCAUCAUCAAGAGGUGCCCCGUACAAGCGCAACUUUGGGUUUGGCUUUAGGAAGAGACCACAAAAUCUAAAGGAAAAAACAAACCCCAGUGAGAUGGUCCAACAGUUGGAAGCGACCAUUGCCAAGUCUGGGGGUGCAAUGACAAAAGACAAUCCAGAAAACAGAUCAUUAGACAUAAAAAAUCAACAGAGUGUACCGACUACACAAAUUGCAAGACAAGAUGCUGUGGACAGAACACCCAAUGCUAAUAGAACAAGGUGGGGCUUAAAGAAAUCUCAGACAGUUGUGACUGAUCGCAACAGUAAUUUUGCCCUACCUGCGACCCCCGAGGUCAAUCGUUCUAUCCGCAACAUGCCGAAGUCCAAGUCUGAGGAAAGCAUCAAAUCUACCUCGUCCCAGGAGAGGGCAAAAAGUGGGAGAAGCAGACUUCCCAAAUCUCACACAAUGAAUCCCACCAGACCUAGCCAAGCGCAGCCAGCUUCCGGGACGGGGUCUGCGAGGGUAGUCAAACCCGUGGCCAGGCCGCAAAACCUUGUACGUCCUGGUACGGCGCAGUCCACUAUGGAAACGCCACGUGUACGUACUCAGUCAAACGCUAGCACUGCAUCAAAUGUCAGCUCUGCCAGCUCUACUAGAACACCAAAGAAAACAUCUCAGGAAACAACACCGAGGGAGGGUGGCCAGAAAGUAGAGGGAAGAAGUUUAGCAGCCAGUAAAAGUGCUGGUAAAAGUGUAGGUGGACAGAGUAGGGGAGGUACUGAAGGUAGUGUAGCAGACUCAAAGCCUUCUACACCAGGGAGGCAAGAAGCCAAAAGGGAUGCCCGUGAAAAAGGGACUUCUGGCACAAGGACUCACAACAGGCAGGAUCAUUCAGCCAAAAGCCCCAAGAGUCCUGGAGUGAUGACUAGUUCUAGACUCAAGCCUGAGUCUCCCCUUACAGCAACUGUGCGUAGAGACAGUUUUGACCUUCAAAACGAGUCAGCGUCGUCCGACCUUGAGUCGGAUGACCUCAUGUUAGACAUGGAUUCGUCACACGAUGAGAGUUUCGAUCAGGGCGACGAAAGGCCGCGGCAUCACCGGCGGUGGCACAGUCCACGACGCAACGCAAGAACACCGACUGACGCAGACGGGAGGGAAGACAGCGACACUUUGGAAGAACUAGAUACCAGCCAGUCACAGAAAAGCUCAAGGACUCGACAACAAAGGGUAAAGACACAGGGAUGUUCUGAGCAAAAUCAAGUUGGUCAAGACAGAAAUGCUGUUGCUACUCCUGAGACUCAGAGACGAAGAAAUAGAAGAAGAUACAGAAGGAGACAGUACGGAAGGUCGCGGGCCCAGACCACACCCUCAGAAAGCCCACACAGAGACAGGCCCCGUUCUCAGUCCACCCCCAUGAAACCUCCCAGGCAGAUGACAGCCUGCUUUGACGAAGAAGAAGGAGUCACCAUCGACACUUCGUCCUUCAGAUACCUUCUUCAAGACAUGACGGGCAUGAAGACGUGUCUACUGAAGCUGAAGAGAAUUCUCCAGGAGGUGGAGACAUCCUCUCCAUUCGAUCAGACUACAGCUGGAAAGGGAUAUGCAGACAAGAAUCAUUUGAUGUCGGCAAUGUUAGAUGGGGCUGUGGGAGAGGUAGAAGGAAAGGACAUGAAAAAGGAGAAUGAAGACCUGAGGCAAGAGCUUGCACAGUUGAGACAACAGCUGACUGAAAAGGACCGUACCAUUUCUCUACUCCAGACACAAAUGGAAAAGUACAGCGAUGCCAGAGAUGGCCAUGUCACAAAACGUGGAAAAUCAGUUGCAACACAGACAGAACCACAAUCAAAGCGUUUCCCUUGGAGUAGAUCAUCCCCGUUAAGCAGAUCUCAAUCCAUGCGAGAACCUAGCCCCAUUACACCAGGGAGAAAGAGGAGAAAUAGGAGACAAAAGAACGGCCAAAAGUUGGAAUCAGAUACCCAGGGGACACAGCCGAACCAGACUGUUCUCUCCACCCAACGAAGAUCAGAAAGAAGAUCGGCCCAGAAGUCUCAGGUUAUUUUGGACCCUAUUGAGGAGUUAUCUGACCUAAACCUUCUGGUGUCUGAUGAAGGGGAGGAAGAGAAGGGAGGCAUUCACCAUUCAUCAUCAAGUCAGCAGCAUCUCAGUGAUACAGAGCAGGCAGUGGACAUUCUUUUAGUUCAGCAUUCAGAUGUAAGCACCCACGGCAUAACAGGAUCACAGGAGGACAACACUGAAGACAUGGACAGGGACAAGGCUGAUGAAAAACAUGACUUUGAUUCACUCACUACUGAAGAUUAUAACAAAAUCAGUGAAAGUAUUGCCCCACAGCCAGUUGAUAAAGAAAAUGUUAGCAUUAAGGUCAAAGAUGUAACAGCACUAAAUGUCAGUCAGGUACCAUUGGGGGGAACAAAAGGGGACAAAUGUGUGGCAAUGUUGUCUUUUGUUGGUGCUGAAGUGACGGCCACUGACCCAGUGACAACCCAUGAUGAUAAAAUGCAGAUGGCACAGGAAGAAGUGGUGUCAGGUAAAGAUCGAGAAAGACAAGAAGCCAACACUACAACGGAGAGCACUAAAGAAAGCUGUAUCUUCCCUGUCCUUGGUGCUGAAGAUGCAGUCAUUGCCACAGCAAGAGAAGAUGAAGCAGGGUGCCUCCUUUCUCCAACAUGGGUCACCGAAGACGUCAAAAGAAACAAGCAGCAGCAACAUGAGUAUAAAAUUGGUACUACAGAUACCAGCACAGAAGAGUCCUUUUCCAUUCCUGGUGCUGAAGUUUCGACCAGUUCCGAGCAUGAAGUUAUUCCUCAGCCUUCAGUGCAAGACAUUGAAGACCCCACUCCUCUUAACACAACCUUCUCCAUUGAGAAAGAUGACGAUUCGAUGUGUGAAGAUCCAGCUCCAGAUGUUACUCAGAACAUAACUCAGGAAGAAGGGAAAGAAGAGGGUGGUGCCCAGAAGAUCACUGCAUGCACAGAAGUCCCAAAUCAACCAGAAAACAGUGGUGAGAAGAAAAACAAACCCGUGGCAGCAACUUCCAGAAGCAAUCAACCACCACUGCAAGGGAAAAGGCAAGAAAAAGUGCUUCCAGAAGACAGUGAAACGUCAAAGGAAAAGAAUGGUGGUGUAGACCAAGGCUUGGAGACAAUAAGAGAGAGGAGCUUGAGCUUUGCAGGGUUCGGUAGACCAGCUUCAGGUUAUCAAUGUAGAAAUGUGUCAUAUGCAGAUGUCCUCUCCACAGGCACACCAUCCAAACAAGGGCCUACACAACCCCUCAGAGAGAGGUCACAAAGUUUUGCUGCAUUGAAAGGAACACAAGGGCGAAGGGGCAUCCCUAUGUACCAGAAGGGUAAGGAAAGGGCAACAACAGAAGGCAUUAUGGGAAGAAGUCAAAGUUACCAGGGCCUCCAGGAGCAAGGGAGAAGUGGGAUUCCCUCCAUGAAGAAAGGCACAUCUGUAGAUGUGAAUGCUGAUGGGGCUUUAGCAAAAGGGAAGAGUCAGAGCUUGGCAGCAUUGAAGUUCAAGGGGCAGAGAGAAAGCAGAAUGCCUCUGCCUUCACAGGGUAGAGGUGCGCAAAGGUAUACAGGUCAGGCAAGGGAAUCCAGCAUCCCUGAGAUGAGGGGGCGAAGUUUCACCUUCCCAAAGUACAGGAACACUAAGGAGACCACAGAGAAACAUAGCAAAAAGCAACCACAACAUGCACCAGAACAAGCUGCAGACACCGCUGUCAAGGCAAGUGAUGCAGCUCCCUCUACUCCAAGAGGAGGAACUGCAGCACGGGAGUCCAAAUUGCCAGUGGGCACGGAACAGAAUGCUCCUACACCAAAAGAAAGAAGCAAGGGUAGGAUUCCUGUGUUUGGGAAAUGGUACAAGCGCUAGAUGGUCUGGAUAUACUCAGUAGAAGUUGGGGGG